AUGGGCAGCCGCGCGUCCCCAGCCAGCAAGAAGAAGCAUCGCCCGCCUGCCAAGACCUCACCAACGCACACGACCACGACCACGACCACGACCACGACCACGACCACGACCCCGGCCGCGGCCGCUCUCCCGCCUCAUGCCGUGCGCGUGCAACCUCGAAAGCACCAGCAGACACUGCUAAACAUCUUCUCCGACGCCUUUGCCAACGUCCUCUCCUCGGACCGCUUCCCCGCGCUCUUGCAGCACAUCAAGCAGGCGCUCUACGACCGCGACUUCGGCGAGGCCUUCGGCCACGUCGAGCACCUGGAGGCCUAUGCAGCGCGAUGGAGUCCCCCGCGGGCCUUGUGCUACAGCGCAGUCUUGCUCGGCAUCCGAGAGCACCUGGACCGGCUGCCCGCGCGCCAGCAAGCGCACGCCGACGCCGACGCCGACGCCGGGGCGCCGCAGGGGCAAUCACAAGACCGGCUGGGAAUGCUGUGUGUGGGAGGCUGCGCAGCCGAGCACGUCGCCUUUGCGUCGUACCUGCAGCGCACUCGGCGCGACGGGUCCCUGACUCUCGUCGACUCCGGGCCGUGGGCGCAUGUCCUGUCGGGAAUCCAGAACCAGCUGACAGCCGACCCUCCCCUGUCAAAGUAUGCGUCGGCGGCAGCCAAGGCCGCCAACAAGCCCCUGGUUGGGACGCAUCAGCUCGAGUAUACCUUUAGGCAGGCCGACGUGCUGACCUUGUCGCAAACCGAGUUGACGGACCUGGUUGGGCCACGACCUCUGCUCGUUACCCUCAUGUUCACCCUGAACGAGCUAUACGCUGGCGGUGGCGUAGGCAAGACGAGCCAAUUCUUGAGGAGCCUCGGCCAGGUCUUACCGAACGGUAGCCUGCUGCUCGUGGUGGAUAGUCCUGGGAGCUAUUCAGAGGCCGCGAUUGGGAGAGAAAAGAACAAAUACCCGAUGCAGUGGUUGCUCAAUCACACCUUGUUGGAAGGCGAAACGCCAGGGUCCACGUGGGAACGCUUGGAGUCUCAGGAUUCCAUCUGGUUCAGGUUGCCGGAAGGCUUGUCGUAUCCUAUUCAGUUGGAGAACAUGCGCUAUCAGAUGCAUGUAUAUCGAAUACACAAGGGAUGA